UUUUUAGAUUGUGAUGUAAUUUGAAGUAUUAGUUUAUUAUUGCGGCUACCAAAACAGUAUAAUAAUUCUUGAGUAGUUACCGAGAAGGUAAACAUUAAAAACAUGAUCUUGUUAGGCGCCGUAGUGCUUCUUCCACUUUUAUUAGUGUUGACGUUGUGGUUCUAUUACUAUUUCCAUUCAGAAAGGUACCUUAAAAAUGUCCCAGGACCCAGUGCAUUGCCGAUUAUAGGAAAUAUCCAUCAAGUAGGAGCAACUGAAGAUGCAUUGCAAACUAUGGUGCAGUUUCAAAAGAAGUAUGGGCGUAUUUUUAAAAUGCGAACUAUGUUUGACGUACCCAGCAUUGUGACGUCCGAUCCGAAGUUAAUUGAGGAGAUCUUAAAAUCGUAUCAGCUAUUGCAUAAAGGGGUGGCUUAUGAUUUCAUGCAUAGUUGGUUGGGAACCGGUUUACUUACUAGUGCAGAUGAAAAAUGGAAGAAGCAUCGAAGAAUGUUAACACCUGCGUUCCACUUCAAAAUUCUCGAGGGGUUUAUUGAUUCGUUCAACCAAAUGGGUGAAAUAUUGUUAAAAAACCUCGAAAGGGAGGUUGGAAAACCAUCUUUCAAUGUGUAUCCAUACAUUGCACUCUACACAUUGGAUGUAAUUUGUUCUUCAUCUAUGGGAACAAACAUAAACGCACAGGAAGAUUCAAACUCGGAAUAUGUGCACAAUGUUAACGAAAUCUGCCGCAUCAUAUCAGAACGCUCUCUCUCUCUCUUAAAAUCAAUUCCGUUUCUUUAUACAUUUACCAGCGAUUACAAGGCAGAGCGACAGGUAUUAGAAAAACUUCAUCAGUUCACGGACAGCGUAAUCGCGAACCGUAAAAAGGAAUUGUUAGAAAGUAACACAGACCAAGAUGACGAAGAUUCCGAUUUCGGAAUAAAAAAAAGGUUAUCGUUCUUGGAUGCAAUGCUAAAAUUCAAAGAAGACGGCAAAGGAAUAUCGGACGAGGAAAUCCGUGAGGAAGUCGAUACCUUUAUGUUUGAGGGAUACGAUACUACGUCCUCUGGUAUUACCAGCAUCUUAUAUUGCCUUUCGAUCUACCCAGAGGUUCAAGAAUCUGUCGUGGAGGAAUUAAAUUCAAUACUCGACAGCAAAUCAUCUGAGGUAAACUACCAGCAAUUACAAGAAAUGAAGUACCUUGAAGUGGUGAUUAAGGAAUGUAUACGCUUGUAUCCACCAGUACCGCUUAUUGCUCGACGAUUUGGACAAGAUACGGAAAUUGGAGGGUAUCGCUUUCCAAAGGGAGCAGACAUCACCCUUAAUCUAUACUCACUUCAACGCGAUCCAACUUACUUCCCUGAUCCAGAAAAAUUUGAUCCGGGGAGAUUCACAUCAGAAAUUCAAAGUACUAGACCGGUACACUCCUAUAUCCCUUUCAGUGCGGGACCUAGAAACUGCAUUGGUCAAAAGUUUGCAAUGUUAGAAAUGAAGGCAAUCAUAUCAAAAAUUCUGAUGAAGUUCAAUGUUUUACGUUCAAUUCCAGAGCACACCCCUUCGUUUGGAGGUGUAGUUGUGCUUAAGUGUCCUAAUGGUGUUAAUAUCAGGCUUGAAAAACGAAAAAUGUAAUUAAAAAAUACUUAAUAACACAGGCUCGUGCGCAUACAUUUAUAUUAUGCAUGUUUCUACUGGAUGUAAUUGAAAAUAAAGCUCUCAUUUGUGAUGAA